AUGACAAUACUUAAAACUAUUGGUGUUUUUGGUGGCUCCGGCUUUGUGGGAAGGAGUAUUUGCAAGAAAGGGGUUCAACUAGGCUACAAUGUGAUAGGAUUCUCUCGUUCAGGCAAACCGACGGGAAUUCAGGGUGCUUGGGUCGAUAAAGUGAACUGGCACAAGGCUGAUAUUUUUGAUCCUUCGACAUACGAAAACCAAUUGAAAGACAUAGAUGUGGUGGUCCAUAGUAUGGGGUUGUUGUUCGAGAACCAAGCCUACAAAAAAACCAUAAAUACUAAUUUCAAUUUUCUCAACGACAUUCAAAAUUUGGCCAGUGUCAUGAGAGGUGCCAAUCCAAUGACCAAAGGUCAACACGAUUCAUACGAAGCUAUACAGCGAGACUCUGCGGUGAUCCUUGCCGACGCUUUCUUGGAAGCUAGAAAAGAAAAAAUGAAACCAAAGCCAACUUUUGUCUACAUCUCUGCUGAUCAAAAAAUGCCAAUUGUACCGGAGGCUUAUAUAGACACGAAGAGAGAGGCGGAGUUUGAAUUGUCGUGCAAGCCUGGGCUUCGGAGCAUCAGUUUGAGACCUGGUUUUAUGUAUGACAGUGAGCUGCAACUGCUCAAUGCUCGCGCUUUACUCAAGACAUUGUUGAGUCUUGGGUACGGAGUCAAAAACGCUGUUUUGGGAGAUAAUGUUUCUUAUAUCAAUAACUUGAUACGGCCUCCGGUCUCAGUGCAGCAAUUGAGCCUGACGCUCUACGACAAGGUGGAAAAAGAGGAGUUUGAUGGCACGGUUUUGUUGGAGGAGAUUCGCGAGUAUUGA